UAAGUAUUUACCACAGCUGAAAUAUCUAAUUUUUUGGAAGAUAAAAUAUUCUUUUUCUUAAUGCUUCUUUUACUAUCGACCAAAUUGUAGUAAAAUAAUUUGUCUUAAUAAUUUUUUUUAUUUUUUUAACUAUUAUCCGUUUAGAAACUAUAAUAUGAAACUAUUGGUUCGACAUCACGAUUAUCUAAGAUUCAUAACAUAAAAACAAACAAAUAAUAGUAAUUUUUGAUUAUCAUAGGAUUAAAAAAACAAAAACAUCAAACAUUUUAACCGAACAAAACCAAAUAAAUAUUGAUUUAAAAUGAUAGUUAUAUUUUAGGAGAUUAAAAACCAAAAAAACAACUUAAAACCAAACCGAUAUCCAGAUUAAACAGAUUAAUGUCGCCUUAUUAAAAAAUAACAAAACUAAUAAUCACAUUCAUUCCGCACAAAAGCGCGGAUUACCUAGUGACACUUAUUAUGAAAUAGACGGGUAGUUGAUAAACCAAUGGUUCGUCCAAGGUUGUUGUCUAAGACGCAUUAUCUUCCAAAAGUCAAUGGAUCGAACUCAAAGACGUGCAUGGUGAAUGUCCAAGACUUAAGAAAAGCAACUUCGUAGUUUCUUUUAGAUAUAAAUCAAAUUAUAUGCGUCAAAACCAAAACCAAAACCAAAACAAGAAAAUUUCUUUCUCCUCUGUUUUGUUUCAAAUGGUUGAUCAAACUAUGGAUGUGGUUGUACAUGUCAGUUCUUCUGGAGGAAAUAUUUUCCGACCAGACAACGCAUUGACCCCAGAACCUAGGAGACAGACACACUUGUCAGCUCCUGCUCCGGAGAAAAUACUGACUCUUUUUGCCUUACGACUCGCUGUUCUUGAGAAGAUUGCUUCACGGUUGGGAUCUUUAGGAUUCGUAUGGGCCACCGUUGUUCUUCUUGGUGGUUUCGCCGCAAGUUUAGAGACAUCAGAUUUUUGGUUUGUUACUGUGAUUCUUGUUGUGGAAGGAGCUCGGAUUUUCAGCAGAAGUCAUGAGCUUGAAAUGCAGCAUCAGUCUAAAUACACAAUCUCUGGAAUCAACACCUUCCGGUUACUUGUCAGACAAUUUAUCAGAAUUUUCCGCAAGGAAGCUCAAAUUGCUGGGAACAACGAUAUAUCAUCGGUUCAGGAAAGAAAAACAGAACAGAGGACUGCGAGGCAGAUCGAGCGGACCAGGACAUGGACAACCUCAGAUGUUCCAAUGUUGCCUUACACAGGAUGGGUUUUCGUUUCAAGAAACGUGAGUCGAGUCUGCUACUGGCUCCAGAUUGCUUCUGCUUUCGCUAGCAUUAUCAUCUCCAUGAUCAAGCUCAUCAGGCAAGAUUAUGGAGGCAGCGAAUUGAAAUCCAGAAGCACCAAUCUUCACUCGUCUUUAACUCUCUUCUACUCUCUAGCGCUCGCGGAGGCGCUUCUCUUUCUUGUUGAGAAAGCUUACUGGGAAUGGAUGAUCAGCGUUUACAAGAUUCUUGAUAAAGUGAAUCAAGAAUGCGGUCUCGAGAGGUCUGGAACUGAUUCAGUGAGAAGAUUCUUCUACAACGCUUACUCGAGAUGUCUAAAUGGGAGCAUCUUUGACGGAUUGAAGAUGGAUAUGGUCGUUUUCGCCAUGGAGCUUUUGGUGUCAAAUUCUCCUGAUGAGCAGCUCAUUGGAGCAGAGAUUCUCUAUAGAUUCUCAACAAGCCAAGACUAUUCCGUUGAUACCCUGCAGAAGAUUGGGACUAAUCUAGAGAUCAUAGAGAGGUUGGUUGAGAUGUUGAAUUGGAGAAACAAGAAUCAAGAAGUUAUGAGAAUGUCAUCUGCAGAGAUUCUCUCAAGAUUAGCUAGUAAGAAGCAAAACUCUCUGAGAGUUGCAGGGAUCCCUGGAGCGAUUGAGUCCAUCUCUUCUAUUUUAGAUAGCACGAGAGAUUCGGGUCAAGCCACUGAUGAGAUUGGAGAAAAUAGUAUCAAUCAAACCGAUCGCUGGACGUUCAACAAUCUUGGAUUGUUGAUUUUGAAAAGGCUAGCUAGAGAUCAUGAUAACUGUGUGAAGAUUGGGAAAACAAAAGGGUUGCUUUCAAAGAUCAUUGACUUCACUUAUGCUGAGAAGAGGUUGCUGAAGGAUCCAAAUCUUGCGGCUAAUAGAAUCUUAGCUGUGAAACGGUCAUUAAAGCUGUUAAGGAAACUGGUGAAAACAACGGGUGCAACAGGGAGAAACUUGAGGAGAGACAUCUCUGGGAUUGUCUUCACAGUAAGCAACAUUAGGGAAACAUUACGCCAUGGAAAGAAGCAGCCUGGUCUGCAGAAGCUUGGUGCAGAGAUCUUGACUUCCCUUGCGCUUGACGAAGGUGCAACUGAGAAAAUUGGCGGCACAGGCGGGGUUCUAAAUGGACUUCUCUGCAUAUUCUUGAAUGAUGAUAUUCCAGGGAAUCAGACUAGUGGCGUGAGAGACUCUGUUGGUGAGACUAUAGCAAUGCUAGCUCAAGGAAGUCAGAGCAAUUGCCAACGCAUGUUGAGAUCAGAUGAUGUUCUUCAGGGCCUUGUUGAGGCUUUGAACAACCCCUUGAUUCGGUCGAAUGCAGCGAGAAUCUUGAGGAAUCUAUGUGCAUAUACAGAUCCUAAUCAAGUUAUGGAACAGCUGAAGGAAGUUAAAUCAGCUGGAGCAACAGUUCUUAAGGCAAUAAUGUCUGAAAAGAGCAAACCUCAAGAGGUUAUGGUGGGAUUAGCACCGCACAUUUUCAGGUUAAUGAGUGCUGAUGAAUCAAGAGAAUUGUUCGAGGAAGCGGGAGUAACCAAGGAAGAAGUAGCCAAUGCAUUAGUCAACAUUCUCAAGAGACAUGAACAGCCAGUGCCAAAAGUUCCAAGAAUCAGGAGGUUUGCAAUUGAACUAACCAUUCAGAUGAUGAGAACUAAUCCUGAGACGGUCAAGACUUUCCUAAACCUUGGGAUGAAGAAUGAAUUAGAGACAGUCUUUGAGACUGCAGCUGAGGUUGAGAACUUUGAUAUAUUCUCGGGCACGGUUGGCUUGGCACGCCAUGGCUUAACGAUCAAUGAACUCACCGAAGACGCAAUACGGUUAUUGAGUUAGUCUCAGACCUCACAGCCACAUGGAAUAAAAGUUUAAACAACAUUGACUUUGUCUCAAUCCCAAGUUGUCUUCAAAUCAUUGUCUUUGCUCAUCAUAGUGUCUUUAAAAUGUGUAUCAAAUUGGCCCAUUUUCUUAUGUUCGUUCUCCACAUCAUCUGCUUUGCUUCCUGGAAAUGGGAGCAAAAUACAUGUGAGAUGCAUCUAUAUGUUUAUAAAUACGAUUAGUGAUCAAAGUAUAGGUAAGAUGAUGAUCUCGUUAUAUGUUCAUAACUAGAGGAUAAAAGAUCUUUGGUCAAAGCCAACAAGAGAUGAUUUUCUUUAACAAGACUGACUAGGUCAUGAAUAUAUUUAUAUAAAUCAUAACUAGAUGAUAACUUGUCGUGGCAAACCGUUUAAACACUUAAGCUUUCCUUUCUAAUUUUCCCAAACCAAAACAAAAUUAUCUAGUUUUGAAGAAACUGAGUAACCAAUGUGGAAACCGUUUCGUAGGCAGAACAAAUCCCACAAGAAAAGAGGCUACAAAUUUACUUUUACUUACAGAAAACUUUGUUAAAGGGGUAGGAAAGGAUAGAGUUUAGAGUAAAAUAUUAGAGAACGAAAGAGAAUACGAAGAAUGGAGAAAAUAACAGAAAGGAUAUGUAUAUUGCUUAUAUUUCUAUAUACAAGAAGAUACAUAUUUAUACGAAUAUAGAAUUAAGAUAUAGAAUACGUAAAUGAUAUAUUUGCAUAUAGGAGAGAGAUUAGGUCAUCUUUGCACGAAUGAGAGAAAGUAGAUAAGUUCAUGCAAAGGCUCUCACGUCUGGGCCUUCUGACUGGCUAUCUCCAAAGCCACCUAAAUGACGAA